AUCACCAACGGUCCCCCCAACACGGACAUCAGAGGAAGGGACAGUUUGGACAGGUUUGGAGGAGUGGAUAUUAGAUUUUAUGCGAAACAACGGAGGAUAUUUAGAUUAGUCUGAAGGUUUUGGUGGAUCAGUGAAAGUCUUGUUUUUGCAGGGUAUCAUAUUCAGCCUAGGCAGUAAACAUGUCGAUGCACUUGUAUCAAAUGAGCAGUAAACUGUUCGGGGACACUGUUGGAAGAAUGAACGACAACCUGACCUCCAUAGUUCUGGCAGCUUCUGUCAUCACUCUCACCCUGGGAUAUAUUUCCAAAAUGCUGCUCAAACAGUCCUCUGGCAAGGAUCAGAAAUAUCCUCCUUACAUACCCUCCAGCAUCCCCUUCCUGGGCCAUGCCAUUGCAUUUGGGAAAAGUCCCAUUGAAUUUCUUGAACAAGCCUAUGAUAAAUACGGCCCUGUGUUCAGUUUCACCAUGGUGGGGAAAACCUUCACCUACCUGCUGGGCAGCGAAGCAGCCACGCUGCUAUUCAACAGCAAAAAUGAGGACCUGAACGCCGAGGACGUCUACUCCAGACUGACCACCCCAGUGUUUGGCAAAGGAGUAGCUUACGAUGUGCCAAACCCUAUCUUUCUGGAACAAAAGAAGAUGUUGAAGACUGGACUGAACAUUGCUCAUUUCAAAGAACAUGUGAAAAUCAUCGAGGCAGAGACCAUAGAGUAUUUUCAGAGAUGGGGAGACAGCGGAGAGAGAAAUUUGUUUGAGGCCUUGUCCGAGCUGAUCAUCCUGACAGCCAGCAGCUGCCUCCACGGGAAGGAGAUCCGCAGCAUGCUGAACGAGCGAGUGGCUCAGCUCUACGCUGACCUGGACGGGGGAUUCAGCCACGCUGCCUGGCUCCUGCCCGGCUGGCUGCCUCUGCCCAGCUUCAGGAAGAGGGACAAAGCUCACAGAGAGAUCAAGAACAUCUUCUUCAAGGUGAUUCAGAAACGCAGGAGAUCUGGAGAGAAAGUCGAUGACAUCCUGCAGACCCUCAUCGAUGCCACCUACAAAGACGGACGGCCCCUGAACGACAACGAGAUCGCUGGGAUGCUGAUUGGUCUCCUCCUGGCGGGUCAGCACACGUCCUCCACGACCAGCGCCUGGAUGGGCUUCUUCCUGGCCAGAGACAAAGCUCUGCAGGAGCGCUGCUAUGCCGAGCAGAGGGCCGUGUGCGGAGAUGACCUGCCUCCACUCAACUUCGAUCAGCUGAAGGAUCUCAGUUUGUUGGAGCGCUGUUUAAAAGAGACCCUGCGUCUCCGCCCGCCCAUCAUGACCAUGAUGAGGAUGGCUCGCUCUCCUCAGACUGCGGCAGGCUACACCAUCCCUGUGGGCCACCAGGUCUGCGUCUCCCCGACUGUCAACCACCGUCUGCACGACACAUGGGCGGAGAGGAUGGAGUUCAACCCCGAGCGCUACCUGAAUGACAACCUCGCUGCAGGGGAGAAGUUUGCCUAUGUGCCGUUUGGAGCCGGGCGUCAUCGCUGCAUCGGGGAGAACUUUGCCUACGUCCAGAUCAAAACCAUCUGGUCCACUUUACUGCGCAUGUAUGACUUCGACCUGGUGGACGGAUAUUUCCCCACCAUCAACUACACCACAAUGAUCCACACCCCUCACAACCCCGUCAUCAGAUACAAGAAGAGAAAACAGUGAGAGGCUGCAGGAAGACAGCGAGAGGCAAGGAGCAAAGGUCUCUCACUUCCUGGGACUUGAAUUGAGGAGGUUUUAGAUGAACGCACUGUGUUUGUCUGUCUGAAUAUCAACCCUGUGCUUAUAUGCUCCCUUUAUUUAGAUCUGGAGUUCAGCCACUUUUCUGAAUGUCAGCCUACCAUGUAAUUUUUAGAUACUUGUGUUUCCAGAGCAAAAUACUCUUGUGUGACUCUGACUUGAACGCUGAUGCUCAUAUUCACAAUGUGAAUUCUUGAAAUAACAGAAAUGGAGAAAUAAUAGAGUGCCUUGAAGAAAGAGGACGUGUCUGUUGACUGAAUUAAGCCUGUGGGUCCUUAGUCUGAGGGAAUUUUUAUUACACUGCGUAAAACCAGGAAGAAAGUUUUACUUUUCUUUUACUUUUCUAUAUUCCAGAUUUGUGUUGAGAGAGAAUUAGCUGGGGGGUCAGCAGUUAUCCAUUAACUUGAAAAAUUCUGUGGAUGAAAGUUCAUUCUUGACCUUGGAUAGAGCAGCUGACAAAUUCAAUCCACUGCAAGGUUUGUUAGUAGCUGUUCUCCUGAUCUGAUGGAGUUUGUGAAGAUCAUGUGAUAUACUUGAAAGCUCCUAGAACAGCUACUAUUACACCUUGAGGUGGCCAGCUUCCUGAGAGAGACUGUUGAUCUUUUCUUGCAGAGGAAAUUUGCACACAUGGCAAAAAAAAAAAAAAAAAACCAUCAACCAUCAAACUGAAUCAUGAUGCUGUUCCUUCAUGUUUCAUAGUUUCUGCUGAAGACAUCCCGUAUCUGAUGAGAAGAGCUUAGGUAUUAUAUUAUCUGGUUACUUAAAAAGUCCAACAUAAGGUGUGCGUGUGAGUUUACCAGCAGACUGUUGCUGUGCUGGGCCUCGACACAAAGAGCUUUGAUGAGGGGUUUCUCCAGCUGGACCUCGUUGAGUUAACGAGCACUAACGACCCUCUGUGUGACCAGUAAGUUUCACUUGAGCUGAAUCAAAUCAACACAGUAAAACAACACUACUUAGCUUUAGUUUGAGCUCAUCAACUGUAUAUUUUGAUCUAUUUUGUUUAUUUCUUUCCCCCUUUAUGUUCUCUAAGUUCCAGAAAAACCGCUGACAAUGUUCAAAUGUCUUCUUAAGAAAUAAACUUUAAAAACUUUUUGCCCUUA